CUCUUAGUCUUGUUCAUGCUCAAUUUCAUUCUAAUCCCAUCAUUCUCUUGUCCUCUUCAUCACAAACAAGCUCUUCUCAAUUUCAAAUCCAACCUCACCAAUUUCCUCCAUUUCAAUUAUGAUAUGAAUCWUCAUCCACUUCCGUCAUGGAGUCACAAUUCCGAUUGUUGCUCCUGGGACCAUGUUAGUUGCAGCAAAACCAGAACCGUCACCGAGCUCCACCUAUCCAACAUCACACAUACAUUUGACAAUCCGACCGCGGUGUUCUUUGAUGUCUUGACUCCGCUUUUCCAUAUCCGAUCAUUGAAACUACUUGAUAUCUCGGGGAAUUCGUUUGUAGGCGAGAUCCUAGGAGAUGGGUUUGGAAAUCUCACCCAACUGGUCCACCUUGACAUGAGUGAAAACGAGUUUAAGGGCUCCAUUCCCUACCAACUUUUUGGGUUAACGAACUUACUUUACCUGGACAUGAGCUUAAAUAGGUUCGAGGGAAACUUUCCACCUGAAUUUUGGAAUUUGACUUCUCUUCGAGUUCUUCGUCUAAGAGACAAUCAGUUCUCUGGUAGAAUCCCUUCUUCGAUUGCCAACAUGAAAGACUUGGAAAUACUUGAUUUAUCUCGUAACUCAUUCUCCAUGAAAAUUCCAAGUGGCAUAGGAAGCCUGCCCAACAUGACCACACUUGUCCUGCACAACAACCAGUUAACGGGUCUGAUACCAUCAUCGAUCCAAAACUUGAGCAACUUACAAACCCUUCUUCUCCAAGAGAACAAGCUAACUGGAGAAAUCCCAACUUGGGUAUUCAACAUCACAACAUUGAAGAGUUUGUUCCUUGGUGGUGGAAAAGGAAACAAGUUGAUUUGGAAUGACAAAGCAAAGAUUGUUCCAAGAUGUAACCUAACCCAUAUCUCUAUGCCUUCCUGUGGAAUUUCUGGCCAAAUUCCUGAAUGGAUUUCAACACAAAAAGUCUUGUAUUAUCUUGAUUUAAGCAUGAAUCAAUUGGAGGGAAGAUUCCCAUAUUGGCUCACCGAAAUGGACGUAGUACACAUCUUCCUAUCCAACAACAACCUCACUGGAUCUAUCCCACAUCGCCUAUUUGAAUCUACAAGUUUAUAUAUUCUUAACUUGUCCAAGAACAAUUUUUCUGGGAAGUUGCCAGACAACAUCGGCAACGCCACAUUCAUGAGUGUGCUCAUGUUGUCAAGAAAUAAUUUUUCCGGACAAAUUCCAAUAUCCAUGUCCAACAUGCACGAACUCGUCAUUCUUGACUUGUCUGGAAACAAAUUUUCAGGCCACAAUCUCCCUGUUUCUAGCAAUAAUCUUAGAUUGUAUUACUUAGACUUGUCAUACAACGAGUUCUCUGGUAACAUCCCAACCACUUUUCCUAUAAAUACCGGAGUUCUUUCUUUGGGUGGGAAUAAGUUUUCUGGCAAGCUCCCUUGGAAUUUUACUAGAUUGGUUAAUCUUGGACACCUCGAUCUUCAUGACAAUGAAAUUACAGGAUAUUUCCGAGAUGCUCUUCCUGAAAGCCCAUAUCUUGAAGUUCUAGUUCUAAGAAACAAUUCCUUUGAAGGAUCUAUCCCAACAACAAUCUCCAACUUCACUAAUCUUCGAAUCCUUGAUCUCUCUGAGAACAAGCUAACAGGUAGUAUACCACAGGAAAUAUCGAACCUCACAAGAAUGAUCGAAAUUCCACAGCCAACAUUCAAUAGCAUGUCUUUGGAAUUAAAUAUUGUAAUGUAUGGCAUCAAAAUGGACUUUUUCAUUGAGGACUUGAUAGUGAAUUGGAAGAACUAUUUUCAAGGCUUAUCGAGUCGUAGCCUUGACAUAUACUCUUUGUUGGACUUGUCCAACAAUAGAAUCUCUGGUGAAAUUCCGACAUCGUUAGGCAAUCUCAAAAGUCUAAAAGCUCUCAACAUUUCACACAACAUCAUCUCCGGGCACAUUCCGGUGUCUUUUGGCAAUCUUAAGGGAAUAGAGAGCUUGGAUCUGUCACGUAACAAAAUCUCAGGUACGAUUCCUGUAUCACUAUCAAAGUUGGGUGAACUGACAAUUCUGGAUGUGAGCAACAACAAGUUGACCGGUAAGAUACCUCUAGGCCGGCAAAUGGACACGAUGAAUGAAUUGAAGUAUUUUGCCAACAAUAGCGGAUUGUGCGGAAUGCAGAUUAUGAUCAAAUGUCCAGAGGAUAUCCCACCAUCAGAAGGAAGAGAGGAGGCCGAAGAUUAUGAGAAACUGUCAUGGAUUUUUUGGGAGGGAACUUGGAUCGGUUUUCCGAUUGGGUUCUUCUCAUCAAUCUUGAUCAUGGGCUACUUACUGAAUUUUCUUGGGGUCUGCAAAUUCUGGUGAACGUUUGUAGGAGUGGUUAGUCCAUUGUUCAAUGUUUUCUCAUACAAUCUUGUAAUUGAGCCUAAAGUCUAAGAUCUGUUGCGAGUGCCCUUUGUUUCCUCGGUAAUUAGAAUUCCUGAUCUACGU